UUUUCUGAUAGCCUACCUAGGCAGAGAACAAUUCGAAUCUUAAUUGGCGGUCUCGCAAUUACAAUAUGAGGCUCGGGCACCGUACAAGGUGGAGGGCAAUUAAGCCAGUACCGUGGUUCACCACGGCGCAGUUUAGGGGUAAACCACCUAUAUAACGAAGGUCAUCAGCACACCUCACAAUAGUUACAAGGAAAAAAGCAGGUCGAUAUCAAAGUCAAUCCAUUAUAUAAUAUCUACCCAAAUAAUACCCAUCACAAGCUCGACCCAGUCGCCCGUCACCAAGUACCUGCACGAUGCACCGCCAAUCCCUCACCGGAGCCCUCCUGCUCUUCGCCACACAAAUCAGCGCCCUAGCCGCACCCGCAGCAUCCAUCGACACAGGGAACGCAAGCACCAGCGCUAAAUGCUGGUAUGGUAACGACUUCCCCGCAGAAACGAACUGGUUAUCCUUCGACGCGCUCUUUGAGAAAUGGCGGCCGGAUCUGCAAGCCCAAGGUGACACCGAGCAAGAACUAAACACCAUGAAAGACGCGCUGCAGAAGUACUCGCAACAAGGUGGUUUCGACCCGGCUCUUGCGAUGGCGAUGAUGAUCCAGGAAUCCCAUGGAAAUACGUGUAGUUCGUGCGGCGAUGGUGGGAUUAGCUGUGGCUUGUUACAGGUGCAUGGUGCGCCGAAUAGUUGUGCGAAUGGUGCGCACCCGUGCCCUGAUGCCACGAUUCAGAAGGGUAUUGAGUGUGGAGCGGUGGGUUGUGACGGGGGUUACGGGAAUAGUAUUAAGAGCUGUGUUGCGAGCCAGGGACAACAGUGGGGUGCUGUGCUGCGGUGCUAUAACAGCGGUAGCGUUACCGACCCGAAUAACCUACGCGUCAUAACGUACGGAAACCCGGUGUAUGUUCAGAAUGUAGCGAAUAUCCUGUUAGGUGCCGAUUUUGCUGAGGUCGAGCAGUUGAGCGGAUCGGGAUGUGGAUUUUAAACAUGUUGAGGGCGUGAUGGUGGUAUUGAGGUUCAGUUCUAUUGUAUAUAUUCUGUUCUCGCACUCGUCUGAGUCGCUUAGUUUUGUCAAUGGAGUUGUGCAGCAAUUAUUCAAAUGCAUUCUGAAGGGCGGUAUUGGUCUUGUUUAUCUUCGCCCAUUCAAGACUCUUAAUCCAUAACCUUUCCUGUUUGACUUCAUCGCGGCUCUCAGGCGAGCUCUCAU